GCCAUACCUACAGUAUCCGAAGUAUCUGAAGAACGAGGCGAAAAAACACUUCUUACGUCGCAGGAGCAAAUCGUGCAAUUCUUAAACGAAGUGUACUCUCCUAAUGAUCCCCAAAAUGACCUGGCCUUCGAGCUAAAGAACGUCUCGAUCAAGGAUGUCUUCCGGUUGGUGACAUUAUAUUCCGAUUGCUUGGAUGACAAGAGUUUGAUUUCAUUUGGUAUGUGGUGCAAGAAGAGAGGCAUUCAUUUAAUGAAAGCUCCUGUAAACAGAAAACGAAAACUCGACGACGAUCAGGGCAAGCAUCGAUAUCGGGAAGUUUUUACACUGAAGGACGAAUACCUUGAUAAUGUUAUAGAUACAAUUGCAAGAUAUGGCCCACGGUAUCGAAAACAAAUAGAUCAUCUAAAAAAGGAAGGACACGCUAUUGCUGGUUGCAUCAUAAGGUCUCCCGGUGAUGAAAAUGAAGAAAAAAGAAUUGAACUUGUAAACAAGAUGGCGAUAUUGUGGUAAUUCAACACCUUAAAGAUUUAAAUUAGUUUAGAAUAUCGAUGAUCCGAUAAUGGAAUUUCUUUUUAUAGGAUUUGUUCCUUUUUCUCUUUAACUAAGUG